AAGCUGGACGGUCGCCAUGACAAGUAAGGGCAAGUCGUCCGCCUGCCGGCGGGAGGCCCAGGAAAUGGAGGGUGUGUGGAGAGAGUCAGGAUUCUUGCAGCCUCGGUGCUGUAGCGGCUGACGUUUUGUCGCGGCGAAGUUCUGCAGGCCAGGGCUGUGAGGGCAGCCUCACAAGCCUUCUCCCUGCAGAUCUAGUCCACCCUUUCCCACACAGCAAUGCAACCUUCUGAGGACAGAGAACCUGUCUAUUGUCAUCGUUGUGUUCCCCAGUGCCUCGAGCAGCGCUGGCUGGCAGGAGCUUGAUGAUAAAUAUUUAUUGAAUGAAUGAAGAGAGACAGAAGGCUGAGGAAUUGGCGAGUGGGAUGCGGAAGAGGUGUAAAAGCUGUAAGGUCAGGCGCCCUCUGCAGGCCGAGGCGGGUAGGCGCUUUGAGACUUGUCGUGGGAGACGGUAGGGGACGCUCUGGCACUUCUCGCCGAGGCGGACGCGUUCAGACUACAACUCCCAGCAGCCACGAGGAGCCGUAGGGCUUUAUGGGAAUUGUGAGCCUUAACCCUGUUAGGCCCCCGCCUCGCCCCGACGUGGUUCGCCCGCGAAAUCCGCUCCGGGGUGCGGAGGUCCAAUCCGGAGGAAGGUGGGCUCAAAUCCCGCGAGAGCCAGAGGCGCGCAGCUCCCACGGUGCGGAGACGCCGGCUCUACCCACGGUGCCGCGUCCCCGCUCUCGCCUCCCGCUCCCGGAGGAGGCAGGAAGGCGCGGGUGGGCUCCUCCAGGUCUGCGUCGCGGUCCCCGGGAGCCUCGGGGCCGUCCUGGCCGCCCGGCCGAGGCCAAUGCCUGCCGCGCCGCCUCUGCAGUAUGAAGGCGUCGGAGGCUCAGCCCGCAGCGCCGGACCAGGCCCCCGCUGCAGCCGGUCUGUCUCCGCGGGCUUCCUCGGUGGAUAAAACUCCGGAUCCCGACCCGAUGCCGCCGGCGCCCGAAGGCAGCGAUCGGCCCCCGGCGUCCCCGGGUGCGGAGCCUGGCUCAGGGCUCCCCCAGGAGCUGGGCGCAGGAGACCCAGACUCUCUGUCCGCUCUGCAAGCCGAGUUCGAUACCGAGCUGGGUCCGCCGGUGCAGGAGCAGGAGCUUGGCGAAGAGGCGAGCCUCGCUGCGGAAGGCCUGUCGGAGGAGGGAGACACCCUUUGGAGCUACAGCUUCUCCCAGCUGCCCCGAUUUCUCAGCGGCUCCUGGUCGGAGUUCUGCGCCCAACCCGAGAACUUUCUGAAAGGCUGUAAGUGGGCUCCUGACGGCUCCUGCAUCUUGACCAAUAGUGCUGAUAACAUCCUGCGGAUUUACAACCUGCCCCCGGAGCUGUACACUGGGGAGGAGCAGGCGGAAUAUGCAGAAAUGACCCCUGUCCUUCGAAUGGUGGAAGGUGACACCAUCUACGAUUACUGCUGGUAUUCUCUGAUGUCUUCAUCCCAGCCAGACACCUCCUACGUGGCCAGCAGCAGCCGGGAGAACCCGAUUCACAUCUGGGACGCGUUCACUGGCGAGCUCCGGGCUUCCUUUCGGGCCUACAACCACCUGGAUGAGCUGACUGCUGCCCAUUCACUCUGCUUCUCCCCGGAUGGUGCCCAGCUCUUCUGCGGCUUCAACCGGACCGUGCGUGUCUUCUCCACGGCCCGGCCUGGCCGGGACUGCGAGGUCCGAGCCACGUUUGCAAAAAAGCAGGGCCAGAGCGGCAUCAUCUCCUGCAUCGCCUUCAGCCCAACCCAGCCCCUCUACGCCUGCGGCUCCUACAGCCGCUCCCUGGGUCUGUAUGCCUGGGAAGAUGGCUCCCCUCUCGCCUUGCUGGGUGGCCACCAAGGGGGCGUCACCCACGUCUGCUUUCACCCUGAUGGCAACCGCUUCUUCUCAGGGGCCCGCAAGGAUGCUGAGCUUCUGUGCUGGGAUCUCCGGCAGCCCGGUCAGCCACUGUGGUCUCUACGUCGUGAAGUGACCACCAAUCAGCGCAUCUACUUCGAUUUGGACCCGACUGGACAGUUCCUGGUGAGUGGCAGCACCAGCGGGGCUGUCUCCGUGUGGGACACCAGCGGGGCCGAGGAUGCUGGAAAACCGGAGCCACUGCUGAGCUUUCUGCCCCAGAAAGACUGCACCAACGGCGUGAGCCUGCACCCUAGCCUGCCUCUCCUGGCCACUGCAUCAGGUCAGCGUGUGUUCCCGGAGCCCACAGAGAGUGAGGAUGAAGGGGAGCUGGAGCUGGAGCUUCCUUUGCUGUCCCUGCGCAACGUCCACCUUGAAUGUCAGCUUCAGCUCUGGUGGUGUGGGGGCACCCCCGAGCCCAGUAGCCCUGAGGAUCAGGGCGAGAAGGGACAAGAAGGGACAGAGGGAGGGGGGGAUGAGCCUAUAUAAAAGGUU